AUGAGGCCGACACUACCCCUUCAAGUCGGACGCUACCGUCACCUGAAGCUGACGACCAAGGAUGUGAACAAGGGCUUCUACAAGGGAAACCGCACUGGCUCCAUGGGUCGCCAUACGAGGUACGGAGGAUACGUCAUUGAAUGGAACAAAGUGCGCACAUAUGCUGUACCGGAUCUGAAAGACUUCAAGCUUACUCCAUUCGUGAGCCGACAAGUCUACCCAGAGUCUGGUGAUUACAAAGGCCUGGCAAAGGGUUCGGCCGACCCGCACUUUUACGUCGAGCAAUGGAAGCGAUACAACGGCGUGGACUAA